CUUCCGCCAUCGCCUAGUCCCUCUCCAGCCAUCUUCCCACGAACCACAUCCCAGACCAUCACCAAUCUGAUCCUGUCGUGUUGCGUGUAGCUCGCUUUCCGCCUUGAAGCUUCCAUCUGGGAUCUGGGAUGUCGGGUCUGUCGUUUCUGUACCUCUGCUGUCCAUAGGUUUCCCCAACCGAGGCCCUUUAGUUGCACGAUGAGAGCCCUCGAUGACGCCCAAUCGAGAUGGGCCGAGACACUGAAGAAUGCCGGGAAUUUUCCCGAGCUGCAACAUGCCGUCAGGUACAACGGACCUCUGAGCCCAUGCAUCACAGGCCUCAGGUCGGUGUGCUGGAAGGCUUUCCUGCUGCUGCAAGAUGUUGAGCCUUCAGACUGGUCACGCCAAGUCUCGGAGCUGCGCAGUUUCUACUCCCAACGACAGGACCAUUUCCUUAAGUUCAUCAAGCACCCCGAGGAGCUGGCCAAGGUGGCCGUCGACCCGUUGACCGACGACCCUGAGUCACCGUGGAACACUGUGCGGCAAGACGAGAUUAUCAGGGCGGAAAUCGCGCAGGACGUUCGUCGCCUGCCUGAUGAACCCUUCUACCACGAGGAGCGGACCCAGACACUCAUCAUCGAUGCGCUGUUUGUUUACUGCAAGCUGCACCCCAACAGCGGCGGCUACCGCCAGGGCAUGCACGAGCUCCUGGCGCCUAUGGCAUAUGUUAUCAACCAGGACGCGCUCGACCGUGAGGCCAUUGCUGCCAGCGGCCAGCCGGCCGAUGAAACAAUGCUUGGCAUGCUCGACUCUUCAUUUAUUGAACACGACACAUUUGCCUUGUUUUCCAAGAUUAUGGAGAAGGCCAAGUCGUUUUACGAAGUCAAAGACUCCAUCUCCAAGGCGGCCUUGGCGUCCGCUUCCCGAGAUCGCGUAGAAUCGUCGGCCAUUGUCGAAAAGAGCAAGUACAUCCACGAGGUGUGCUUGGCCAAGGUCGACCCCGAGCUCGCCAACCAUCUAAAAGACAUUGAGAUCUUACCGCAAAUAUUCCUCAUUCGUUGGAUUCGCCUUCUGUUCGGUCGCGAAUUUCCAUUUGACGAGAUGCUUGUGCUUUGGGAUACCAUAUUUGCUGUCGAUCCGUCUCUAAGCUUGAUAGAUCUGAUCUGUGUUGCCAUGCUUCUGAGGAUUCGUUGGAGUCUGCUCGAGGCGGACUACUCCGUGUGCUUGCAGUUGCUUCUUAAGUAUCCCGCACCAGAAGCUCCCCAUGGGCCUCACACAUUCGUAGACGACGCUGUAUAUCUGAGAACACAUCUUAACGUCUCGGGGGGCGUUUCGCUCCUCUUGAAAUAUACAGGAAAGAUGCCGAGCACAACGCAAUCUGCGAGUAGUUCGCGGCCCACGACGCCGAUGGGCCAGGCGUUUUCGUCCUUCAGGAACCGGACCAAAGGCGGCCACUCGCCAAUCCCCUCGGCAAGCAGGUUCAUCCAGCAGCAGGGCGGGGUGGAAGCUCUGUUUCAGGGCGCUGCGAAAAGCGUGCUCGAGCGGGGCGAGAAGCUCGGUAUCAACCAGGCCGUACGUGACGCCAUGGGCGACAUCAAGAGAAACAUGCAAGGCCUGAACGAAGUGCGCUAUACGCCUCGAACGGCGAGACAGCUGCUGGGCGACGACUCGGCCACCCAAGCCAUUGCCGCGCUGGAGCAACGGAAUAGGCUGUUGGCGAACAUGCUGGACGAGACGGUAACAAGCCUCCGGUCUCUGGCCACUUCCAACCUCGACGACAAGGUCAAGACGCUGGAGCUCGUCGAGGUGGCAGCAGCCAAGGUCCAGUUCGUGAAGGUGUACCUAGAAGACCCAACGAUGGAGGUCCCGGAGCUCGAGGGCUUCACCAGCCCCCCGCCCGAGGAGUCCAGAGGAGAAAACUCGAUGGACGUAGAGCCAGGCGGCAAAGCGGCCGCUGAGGCCGCUGCUGCCGCCGAAAACGUGGCCGGUGCCAUCACAACGCUGUCCUUGGCAGAUCCCGGGAAAACCAAAACGCCGCCGGCCUCGACAUCACCCCUCCCCGAGCCUAUGGAUACCGCGCAGGACGCACCCGCAGCCAAACCUUCUGAGCACCCGUCGGCGUCGGUAUCAAGCCCAAUUUCCGGGAACCAUGCGGCCAAGUCACAAGAGCGGCCCCAACCGCCGAUCCCGACGCGGUCAACGCUCGCCCAGUCGUCCUUCUCGUGGAUGCUCGAGCCGGACCAAUCGCCGCACACGGCAUCGCCGCCGCAGCUGCCGAAGUCGAGCUCCGGAGGGGCACACCGAAAGAAACCCUCGGGGAACAUCAGUAGGGAGCGCAACGCCUUUCUCUUUGGCGAAGUCGUCGCUGAUGCCGACGACCAGGCCAAGCCGAUCAAGUCGGACGACAUCUUUGGGCUGCAACCCAUAGAGAAGCCAAAGUCCCCAUUCGCAUGACCGUUACGAAGAACACGUUUAGAGAGAGAUGACGAUGACGAAGAUGACUCGAGAAGCUGGAGAAUCCGGCAGCAUGACGAUUGCGAGGCUUGCUAGGUAGAGCAGAAUUGGUGGGGCGUGUCCAUAGACGGGAGAGGGAGAUCCAGGUUUGUCGAGGCAAUACAGACAGACGUACAUACUUGCCUAGCGAGGACCAAGUAUGUGGACUUCAAGGGGAGCCUCUGUGAUUCGGUGAUGAUGCCGAGGUACCGUCAUUCGUCGAGGAUGGGGGAGGCGUCAGGUGUCUGUGACAUGGGUCCCGGCUUCAAUUGACUGUGGAUCGCCUCCUCAUCCGGCCGCCCCCCGCGCCAGUAUCUGUGUAUGGUGAGUGCAGAGUGCAGACAUGCAUGGAUGGGCCAACAC